CGGCUGCCUCCCCGGGCGGGUGUGUAGAGGGCGGGUCCCCGGCCUCGGGAGCGCGGCGGUGGAGGGGACGGAGGCGGCGGCCAUGGCGACCCCCGGAAACCUGGGGUCUUCCGUGCUGGCGAGCAAGACCAAGACCAAGAAGAAGCACUUCGUAGCGCAGAAAGUGAAGCUGUUCCGGGCCAGCGACCCGCUGCUCAGCGUCCUGAUGUGGGGGGUAAACCACUCGAUCAAUGAACUGAGCCAUGUUCAGAUCCCAGUUAUGUUGAUGCCAGAUGACUUCAAAGCCUAUUCAAAGAUCAAAGUGGACAAUCACCUGUUUAACAAAGAAAACAUGCCGAGCCAUUUCAAGUUUAAGGAAUACUGCCCCAUGGUUUUCCGCAAUCUGCGGGAGAGAUUCGGAAUCGAUGACCAGGAUUUCCAGAAUUCCUUGACCAGAAGCGCACCCCUUCCCAACGACUCGCAGGCCCGCAGCGGGGCACGGUUCCACACGUCCUACGACAAGAGAUACGUCAUCAAGACCAUCACCAGCGAAGACGUGGCCGAGAUGCACAACAUCCUGAAGAAAUACCACCAGUACAUAGUGGAAUGUCACGGGAUCACUCUUCUCCCCCAGUUCCUGGGCAUGUACCGGCUUAAUGUCGACGGAGUGGAAAUAUACGUGAUUGUUACCAGGAAUGUGUUCAGCCACCGUCUGUCUGUAUAUAGGAAAUACGACUUAAAGGGCUCAACAGUGGCUCGAGAAGCUAGCGACAAAGAAAAGGCCAAAGAACUGCCAACUUUAAAGGAUAAUGAUUUCAUUAAUGAAGGCCAAAAGAUUUACAUUGAUGACAACAACAAAAAGGUGUUCCUGGAAAAACUCAAAAAGGAUGUUGAGUUUCUUGCCCAGUUGAAGCUCAUGGACUACAGCUUACUGGUGGGAAUUCACGAUGUGGAGAGAGCCGAGCAAGAAGAGGUGGAGUGUGAGGAGAACGACGGGGAGGAGGAGGGGGAGAGCGACGGCACCCACCCAGUCGGGACCCCUCCGGACAGCCCCGGAAACACGUUGAACAGCUCACCGCCCUUGGCUCCGGGGGAGUUUGAUCCGAACAUUGAUGUUUAUGGAAUUAAAUGCCAUGAAAACUCGCCUAGGAAGGAGGUGUACUUCAUGGCAAUCAUUGACAUUCUCACUCAUUACGAUGCAAAAAAGAAAGCUGCCCACGCUGCAAAAACUGUGAAGCACGGCGCUGGCGCGGAGAUCUCGACCGUGAACCCAGAGCAGUAUUCAAAGCGCUUUUUGGACUUUAUCGGCCACAUCUUGACGUAACCUCCCGCGCGGCCUCGGACAGACCUGAGCGUGGCAAGGGCAGAGGCGGCUUCAGCGCAGGAGAGAGGAAACCCAGCUCGGUGAAGCGCUUCUCUUGCAGGAAGCAAACCUCCUUGUUUACAUCUUCAGGCCGAGAUGACUGCUUUGGGGACGACCCGCUUUCACAGCCACCUGACAUGUCCCAGCGUCGUGCUAGCUAUUCCUGACUGUGCGCGUGUGUGAGUGCGUGCGCUUUGCGUGGGGUGUGUGUGUGUGUGCACAUUUUACGAUAAUUAAUUAAAUAAAACCCAUCAGCUGCAGUCAGAACCUGUUACAACAGAAACCCUCUGAUUCCAGCUGCAGCCGAAGGAAUGCACAAGCAAAUGAGCUGGCACCUGUUGGGGGAGGGGAGCAGAAAAUGCAUGGGGAGGAACCGUGUGGGCAUCGCCCCAUAAACUGUGGACCAGUUUUGUUUUGUUUUGUUUUUUAUUUUUUGAGUUGAAAGGUGUGAGAGUGUUCAUAAUAAUAAUGAAGAUAAUAAUAAUGAUGAUGAUGAUUAAAAAGAAAAAAAAAACUUCCUGCAAAUGUUACACUUCCACCCGCAUGUAGACACUCCUCUUCAUAGUUGUCACCUGCGCUCCCGGCCCUGGACAGAAGAGUGCCAGCAUCCCCGUGUGUUCUGGUUCAGGGUUCUGUCCCCACACAGUGUCGGGACCCCCAGCGUCCCAGAGCAACUGUCCCUCGUGCGCCAAGAAGCUGAUGCCGCAAGGACUCUGGACGCCGACACCUCCGGAAACGCGCCCAGGAAAACAGCUUGCUUCUCUUUCCUUGCCCGGAGUCUCUUCAUGGUUACACCCUUAUGUUGCAGUGUAGGAAUUAAUGCUAUGACAUGCAGACAGAGCUGACCUGAAAAGUGCAUAGUUUGGGGCAAUGGUAGCUGCAUCUCCCACUGUGGGAAGAUAAGCAAAGCACUAAAACUCUCAAUUCUGUUACCAAAAGCAAAUCUGAUUUAUAAGAUGUUUAUGUUUGGCCUUUGUUUAAACAGUGGGUGUUUUGUUAUUAUGAAUUGUCCCUUUAACUGAGACCCUCAGUUGUACUGUUUACAUUUUAGGAAAACAGGGAUAUCUUUGAAUCUAAAAAUGUAAUGUACAGCAUGUGGUUGUUGAAGUUUACAUGUAAAGUCGUUUUGCAGUGUAGGUGAAAUCAUGUUUGUCCUAUUGAGAUGUGUCCUGCAGUCACGUGUUUAGGUGAAUGUUGUAUUCAAAGUACACAGUAGUCGGUCUUUGACAAUAAAAUGAAAAGGAUCGUUGUGUUUCCUCCAGAUGUAAAUUUAUCAACUUAAUGAUUUAAAAAAAAAUUUUAACCCAAAUCUGGUUAAAUAACUUCAUUGCCCUAAACUGUGCUGUGUUUAAUCAGGUUGUAAAUUUCCAACAUUGAUUGUGUAUCUACCAACUUUCCUGCAUUUUCUGGAAGGCAUCAGGCUAAAAUAUUAGACUUGCUUAGAGUAGCUUAUCAAUUUAUACGCUGUGCUAACGCUGUGCCUUUGAUAUUCUUGUUUAAAACAUGAGAUGGUUUUGGUAGGCAGUUUCAGGAAAGGGGGGGAAAUCCAGCCUUCAGUAAUUGCUGAACAACUCAUCCAGGUCCCGUGCUGCCUUCUCCCGUAACUUGACUUCAGGGCUGUCCAGGUUGCAGCUGUCCCCAGUGUAUGUGGGUUGAUGUCACAUUAUCUUUGGAAGCCAGCAGCAAUGCCACCCCUUCCCCCCAACACCCCCGGAGCCCUGCCCUACCAUCCACUGACUUUAUGUAGAUCUGUUAGCUCCUACAGAUGAUGUUAACACCAUUGAACCCAGCUGUACAAGUCUGCGUUUUAUGUAUUUAAUUGAUUCUGUGACUUGAGCCCCUCAUAUACAUGCCAUUAAUUCUGGCAUCGAAGUUCUGUGGUUCCUUUGACCCUGAAGUAAAGAUAAGGUACCAUCUGCAUUAUUUGAGUAACCAUUUCAUUUGGUGGCCAAUCUGUGUAUGCCUUUAGAAGUUUACAAAAUGCUUUCUUUUCCUCUGUAAUGGUCUUUGUCAUUCAUUUCUGUUGAUAAACUAUUGGACAGAGUGAGGAAGUUUGCCUUGUAUCUCCUAGUGCUAACAGUACACUCCCGUCAUGAGCCGGGCUUCACGGAAUAAAGCACUUUGAAGACUCACAAGGCGCAUCCUUUACUCCUGUCUC